AUGCCAGCGGUCUCGGUCGUGGCUCUGUUGAUUCUGGGCAUGGUCAUGGUUACAUUAUGGGCACCACAAUGGCCGCGGAGGAAACUUCCUUUAAUCAACGAUAAAAAUUGGUUCGAGCUCGGAUACACCGAGGCUAAAAAGCGCUUCCAUGCCAAUGGAAGACAUUUGAUUCAGUUAGGAUUUACUAAGGCGAAUGAUGCGUUCUGGAUCAUCACCGACAGCCAUCCUCGUAUGGUUCUCGCUUCCAAGUACGCAAAUGUCAUUCGGAACGACGACCGGCUGAGUCUGGGGAAGUUUAUAGCCCAGGAAUUUCAUGCAAAUAUACGAGGCUUCGAACCAUUCGGACAAAUAUCCUCAGAGAGCGGCAUAGUUCGAGACACAGUGAGAAUGAAAUUAACACAUGCGCUCAACCGCAUCAUCGAACCCUUGUCUCAUGAGGUUACUGUUGCACUCCAAACACAUUGGGGAGAUAGUCUCACCUGGCAUAGUUUCCCAAUGUCAUCAAUUAUGAUGCGAAUCAUCGCUCAGGUCUCCUCCAGAGCAUUUGUAGGAGAGGAAUUAUGUCGCAACUCUGCGUGGUUGGACAUGAUCGCGAAUUAUACAGAGCAAGUAUUUCUAGUCGCACGAGCCCUGCGUCUUUGGCCUAAAAUCUUGCGUCCGAUUGUCGCAGAGCUCUUACCACGGACCUGGAAGCUUCGAAGACAGAUCCAGCGAGCGCGAAUGAUGAUUCAACCGGUUUUCGACCAAAGACUGGCAGCGAAUUUGGAAGCCAUCAAGCAGGGUAAAACGCCAAAUCAGAGUACCAAUGCAAUGGAUUGGUUGCAGGAAUGCGCAAAAGGACGUGCCUUUGACCCAGCGAUCCUACAAUUGACCCUCUCAUUUGUUGCUAUUGAAACUACUUCACAGAUGCUUUGCAAUGUGAUAUAUGAUAUUGCAGAGCGUCCGGAUUUGAUACAGGUCUUGCAAGAGGAAAUCAUCACCGUGAUUAAAGAAAAUGGUUGGCAGAAAUCCUCUCUACAGAAGCUUAAAAUAAUGGACAGUGUAUUGAAAGAGAGCCAGCGAUGGAAGCCUACCAGUGUGGUCUCCAUGAAUCGAGUCGCAGAAGCAAGGGUUCAGUUGCCAGACGGGGUUGAGAUUCCCAAAGGGACCUCCAUCAUGGUAUCGGCGCUCCAAAUGUGGGAUUCAUCAGUAUACCCGGAUGGUGACCAGUUUGACCCCUAUCGAUUCUUUAAGCUGCGACAAAUCCCUGGACAAGAAAGGUCUUCCCAAUUUGUCUCUACAAGCACAAACCAUUUAGGAUUUGGUCAUGGCCAGCAUUCAUGCCCAGGACGAUUCUUCGCCGCCACAGAGCUCAAAAUACUGCUUUGCCAUUUGCUGCUCAAGUAUGAUUUCAAAAUUAUUGAAGGGCGCAAUCCACAAUACAUCAUGCGUGGCCAUAACAUUAUGCCUAAUCCCAAGGCGAAAAUUUCGGUUCGUCGACGGCAAGAGGAAAUUGAAUUCCUCUAA